AUGGCCAAAAGAACGGCCAAGAAAAAAACAAGAAAACCAGCCACAAAGGAACAAAAGUGUCGGAAGAACAUUGCAAUGUUGUUGUCUCUGAUGGGUUUUAAAGAUGAAAACCCUGCUGCUACUGUCAAAAUCUUGCUUGCCAGACUAACAAAGAUUCAUCAAGAAAAGUCCAAUAAUUUCAAGAAACCACCACUUGCUGCUGUUUCAACUUUCAAGAAACCCGAACACCAACAUUCGACAAUCAAGAAAGUUUCUUUCAAAUUUGAUGGAAAAACUACAACAAUUUCUCUUAAACCGCCACAAUCUUCUGUAACAACAGCCCUAGUUGUUGAUCAGAAUACUACAAAAAUUCAAGAUUCAAGAAAAAGUAGUACUAAUAUUGUAUGUUCUGAAAAUAGGUCUAUAAGUUGUAGUACGAAUACAAUGAUCAAUAACGAUAAUGUACUUCAAGAAAACGACCCAAUUCUUGAUCCGGGUCAAGAUUUGAGGAAUUUUAUAGCAAGUGUUGUUGGCGGGUCAAGAUUCAAGUUGUUGAUCCAGAAGAAACUGACCACAUCAGAUGUGACUAAAAGUCAAGGCAGGCUGUUAAUACCGACAACGAACGUAGAAGAUUCUGGGAUCUUGACAGAAAUCGAGAAAAGGGAACUUGAAGAAGGAGAAGAUAUCAGCCUUCCUGUCUUGGUUUCUGAAAGACGCGAAUGGACAACGGUGAACUUAAAACGAUGGAACAUGAAUAAGAAAAUUUAUGCGUUGAAAACGGGUUGGAAUGGUAUUGUGGACACGAAUGGAUUUAAGGAAGGUGUCGUGAUUCAAGUUUGGUCGUUUCGGGAUAACCAAGAACGGCUCUGCUUAGCAAUCGUUCGUGUUUGA